AUGCCUCUCCGCGCGAAAGCCACCAACCCAGUAUUUGCCUCGACAGCUCGUAUGUCGACGACCGCGAAACUCCCUACCCCGUUGCCUGAAGACGAGCCCGAUGAUGUCUUAUUCAAUACGCUCUACGGAGUGCGGUUGAUUGAGCUCAACCGGCCCAAGAAGCUCAAUUCCCUGAAUGGAUCGAUGGUUCGGAAAAUCCUCCCUCGAUUGCAGGAGUGGGAGAAAUCCCAGCUGGCCAACGUGAUCAUGCUCUCCGGUGCUGGGCCCAAGGCCCUCUGUGCCGGAGGAGACGUGGCUGCGCUGGCUCUACAGAAUGAACAAGGUCUCGAGGGCCAGAAGAAAUCGACCAACUUCUUCGGCCUGGAAUACUCCCUCGACCAUGCCAUUGCGACGUAUAGCAAGCCUUUCAUCUCCGUCAUGGACGGGAUCACCAUGGGUGGUGGUGUCGGACUCAGCGUUCACGCCCCCUUCCGUAUUGCGACGGAACGAACUGUCUUCGCCAUGCCCGAGACGACCAUCGGCUUCUUCCCCGACGUGGGCGGCUCGUUUUUCCUGCCCCGUCUCGACGGCGAAAUCGGAACAUACCUGGCCCUGACAUCGGAACGGCUGAACGGUGUCCAGGCGCUGUACGCGGGUGUGGCCACGCACUACUUUGAUUCGAGCGUGUUGGCGAACCUGACGAGCCGUCUGUCGGAGCUGGUUUUUAAAGACUCGGCCACGCUGCCGGAGCGUCUGGACCUGAUAAACAAGACCAUGUCGGAAUACUCCACCGGCAUCCCACCGCUGCAUGAGCAGCCCAUGCUACUUGCGGGCAGCCUGCGCAGCGCCAUUGACCGGUGCUUUAAAAAGAACACAGUGGAGGAGAUCUUCCAGGCUCUGGAGCAGGAGACGGAGCAGAAGGAGUGGGCGCAGAAGACACUUCAGACGCUGUCGAUUCGCUCGCCCACAUCCUUGAAGGUGACGCUGCGGCAGAUGCGCCUGGGCAAGGAUUGGAGCGUCUCCGAGACCUUCCAGCGCGAACACCACGUCUCUGGCAAGUUCAUGCGCCACCCAGACUUCGUAGAAGGUGUCAAGGCCCGUCUCAUGUCGAAGCCCCCGCGCCAGGCGUCGUGGCAGCCUGCGACCCUUCAGGAGGUGACGAAGGAAGAAGUGGACUCCUUCUUCACGAUCCCUGAGGGCGAGGAUCGGCUACCAUUGUUGAGUGAGACCGACUACCGUCAGUACCCCCAUGCGUAUGGGCUACCCAGCGAGACACAGAUCGAGCAGUUUGUGCGUAGGGAAGGCGUGAGCCUGAGCCAGACAGUCGAUCGGUUUGUUGAGAAAUGGGACCACAAGGACGGAGUGAGAGAGAAAGUCAGCGAGGUGUUGGCCAGACGAACGACUAAGACUCCGGAGGGGUUGCGAUGGGUCGAGUAA